CAGCGAAGUGAAAGUAAAAAAGAUGCUGGACGUUUGGAGCAAGAAAGAAAAGGCUGCAUUUCAAAAUAAAUGUUAAAUAAUGUAACGCAGCCAACUCAGGUGCUUCACAGAGAGCGGGACAUGCCUGUUUUGUCGGUUCAUUUUGAAUAACCUGUAGAAGAUGGAUGAGACGAUGGACUCUCAGAGAAGUGUGACCGAUGAAGUAAUCCCAGAGGUCGUAAACAAUGAUGCACCCCAACCAAACUUAACAGAUGGAGAAGAUGAGUCAUUUUGUGGACAGCUAAAACCUGAUACUGCAAAAGACUCUGCACCAUCAGAGAACACACAGGACGACAUAGCAUCUCAGAGUUCAAUGGACUGUGGGUCUGCAGGAGGGCCGGAUGAAUCUGGCCUUGCCGAGAGCAGCAGCAGAAGUAACGAGGCUCAAACACACUGUUCCAAUGGACAGAAAUGUAAGAGGCCCAGUUCACCUGGUCCCCAUCCUGUUAAAACCACCUGCGUUGAUGCACAGUCUCCAAAGCCCAAGCUCACCCUCUGUCUCAGUUAUAGUCCCAGAAAGGGUGUGAGCACACCCAGUGAUGUGGAGAUGCUGAGUCCUGACAGUCCGGUCUGUAAAUCCAUGUCCACCAGCAUCUCUGCAGACAAGGAUCAUGAUGGCGGUGCUUGUGUUGAGGACUCUGGCUCCGCAAAGGCUCAGGAAGUGGAAUCACAGCCGUCUGUCAAAGACUCUGACUCUGGAAUUUCGGCCAAAGAAGGAACCCCACACCUGGUUGCCACGGAGACUGAGGUAGCCGAGUGCAGUGGCUCAUCCGAUAUGAGCCAGGAAUUAAUCAGUAGCCAGCCAGACAAAAGUAUUUCACUUGCAUUGCAUGACAAUGACAAAAGAUGGCUGGGGACCCCCAUAGAUGAGCUGAACAGAAUGCCCCAGUGUGCCCCUCCUCUCUCUCACCUGAAAGUAGCGCCUAACCACACUGUCACAAUCCGGACGGAUCUCCUUAGAGAGGGAGAGGUCCCUGUGCCGUAUCCCACAAAGUUCAAAGAUGCGUGGGAGGAUAUGUCAGUGAAGAUGCCCUGCUCUGAGAAGAACCUGUUUCCUAUGGAGGCUGAGGACGGAGGUGGUGUCCAAAGUCGGUGGGAUCUGAUCCGCACUUCCUUGCGGGGAGGGUUCAAAAGUUCUCUGGAUGUGAGGGAUGCAAUAUUGAGAUACAACACAACACAUGCAAAGAAAUGGGACUUCACUGCAUUGAACCUUCUCUGCACGGAGUAUCUGGAGCACUGCGAGGUACAGCACCUGUUUGAGUCCAUUUUACCUGCCAUGGUUGACCUGGCCCUCAGCGCUCCUCGUCUCUGCACAUUGCCAAUUCCCCUGCUGAAGUCAAGGAUAAACCACUCACUGACUCUGUCUCAGGAGCAAAUCGCUUGUCUUUUGGCCAAUGCCUUCUUCUGCACAUUCCCCCGACGCAACUCCCGCAAGUCGGAGUACUGCAAUUAUCCUGAGAUCAACUUCUACAGGUUAUUUGAAGGUUCUUCUUCAAGAAAGAUCGAGAAAUUGAAAACACUGCUGUGCUACUUCAGGAGAGUUUCACAAACCAAGCCCAAGGGUCUUGUUACUUUCACAAGACAAACACUGAACAAUCCUCCACACUGGGAAAGCUGUCAGACUCAACUGACACGUCUCCACAUCACCUGUGAGGGGACGAUUGAGGACAACGGAUACGGGAUGCUGCAGGUGGACUUUGCAAAUAGGUUUGUCGGUGGAGGAGUAACGGGACAGGGACUGGUGCAGGAGGAAAUCAGGUUCCUCAUCAACUCUGAACUAAUCGUCUCUCGUCUUUUUACUGAAUGUCUGGAGCCCAAUGAAUGCCUCAUCAUAACAGGCACUGAACAGUACAGCAAAUAUUCUGGUUAUGCUGAGAGUUACAAGUGGAAGGAGAGCUUCAAGGAUGAAACGCCCAGGGACGACUGGCAGAGACGAUGCACAGAGAUCGUGGCCAUUGAUGCUCUUAAAUACAGAAAUUUCUUAGAGCAGUUUCUCCCAGAGAAGAUGGCCAGAGAGCUCAACAAGGCGUAUUGUGGAUUCUUCAGAAAUAACGCCAACAAGCGGCCCCUUUCUGCAGUCGCCACGGGCAACUGGGGUUGCGGAGCUUUUGGUGGAGACACACGACUCAAAGCACUGAUUCAGUUGAUGGCUGCAGCAGAGGCUGGCAGAGACGUGGCUUACUUCACAUUUGGUGACGCUCAGCUCAUGAGAGACGUCCACGAAAUGCACACGUUCCUCACCAUGAGACAAGUCACCGUCGGACGGUUGUACAGCCUUUUGAACCAGUACUCGAGCGCGGUGUGUAAGAGCUGUCGCACGCCUCGGCCUGACGUCAGUCUCUACAGUUUCAUCCACGAGAAGGUCUCCUCUCCAGCAACAGCCGACACCUCAGACACAGACAGAAUGCCGGGAUGUAACCUGUAACGUCAGACUUUCAUUAACAUGGGGAGAGGUGACUCAUCCUCCCUCCACCGGUCUCUUUGCAAAACAGAGACUCCAGGUUCAAAGACCUCAAUGUGCUCGCAGUCUUGUGCUUACAAUCACUUUUUUUCUCUCUCACACACUCACACACACUCUCCCUUUAAAUUUUCGAUCCUAACAUACAAACUACCGAAACACAGUUUUGCCUUUCUCGCUGAUGGUGUUAUAGGAGACUCCGGAUGUGGUGAAAUGUUUCAGAGACGUAUAGCAAUAGUAAAUCCUGGUUGCUGUUAGGCCGUACUCUAGACUAAAUGUGAUGUGGAGUUCUUUAGUUUUUACAAACUUAUUACAAAUAUGGCCAAACAGUCAUCAUAUGCAUGGUUGUGGAUACUUUUCACAUUACGGAUAAUCCAGGAGACGAUACCUUCUUGUUAUCUCGUCUUAUAUUGUGUUUGCUAAUCUUUUUGAAUUAGUCAUUUUCUCGAUUUGACCAUACCCAGGCUGUGGUGAGGUUCCUAAAUACAGAGAGAUGAUGAGAUGCCAUACUGUAGUCUAUGCAUGGGGAACAUUUAUGUAUCAAGUAUUCUACAAACAUGCUGCUCUUUUCGAUCCUCUAGGGAGGUUGAAGUUCAACACACAUAUGGUCAUUAUGGUUUCUAUCUAUACAAAUGAAAAUUAUCAAGAAAACAGUCCCUAGUAUGAGGAUCAUUUCAGACAGUGGAUUAUAUUCUGAUUGAUGUAAUCGAGUGUGGACCGAGAUCAGCCCUCACUCUAUGUUCAAUGUGAAGCACAUUGAUACUGCAUAAAAAAAAAUGAAGAGGGAAGCAGAUUAAGAAAGAAUUGCACGCAAAAUAUUAUUUUUGUCAAUGUUUUAACCCAACAUUUACUUUGGGAAUGUGAUUUUUUUUUUAUUAUUAUCAUUAUCAAUAUUCACAGUAUUUUCUGAUUUGACAAUGGAUUCUGUUUAAUUAUGGAUACACAGAUUUAAGACUGUAAAUGUAUUGAAUAUUACUGUAUGCUAGGUUUGUAGGUUGUACUAUUUUUAUUAUAAUUUCUUAAUUAAAGUAUAUACUGUUCAAA